AUGUCAGCAGAUUUCUGGGCAGGUUAUGUAUCCGGCGCAGCAGGAAUAAUAAUCGGCAACCCCCUCGACCUGAUAAAAACGCGUCUCCAAGCCGGUCCCUCGUCCCAAAAUGUCGACGCUACAUCUCCAGCUACUACGGGCGCGACGGUAGCAACACCACGGGGGUUCAAAGGACAAUUUGAGAAUGCGGGGACACUCGUAAGAGGCGCAACAGCACCCAUCCUAACCUACGGCGCCCUCAACGCCCUCUUAUUCAUGACCUACAACCGCACCCUCACCCUCCUCCACGACUCCCCCGCGUCGCCUACAAACUACUCGAAAGUCUUCUUAGCAGGCGCAACAGGCGGCCUCGCAUCCUUCAUCGUCAGCGCACCAACCGAACUCGUGAAAUGCCGCGCGCAGGUAGCGACCAACGCGACGACGACUAGUCGGAGUGUCGCGAGAGAUGUUUGGAAGGCAGAGGGGAUCAGGGGUUUGUACUAUGGAGGCGGGAUUACGAGUGUGAGGGAUGCGGUGGGGUAUGGGUUUUACUUCUGGUCCUACGAACUCUCCAAACAGGCCUGGUCCUCGCCAGACGACUCCGAUCGCGAAACAGCCAUGAAGGUGUUGUUGUGUGGUGGUCUUGCUGGAGUCAUAACAUGGGCGUCGAUAUUUCCGCUGGAUGUUAUCAAGACGAGGGUGCAGACGCAGAUACUGCAUGCGCCGAUGCGGGAUGGGGAGGGAAGUGCGCUGCUAGGGUCAGAGACACCCAGAGCACGAUUGAGCGCUAUCGAGGUUGCCAGGCAUGCGUACAAGACAGAAGGUGCGGGCGUCUUCUUCCGUGGCUUGGGCAUAUGUAGCAUACGGGCAUUCGUGGUGAACGCCGUACAAUGGGCUGUCUACGAGUGGAUGAUGAAAUUGCUGCAGCAAUAA